GUGUUGCAAUGAACAUGCAAUAACCGGCACUCCGUAUUUCCGCUAACUUUUCUACACUUGAGUUCUGUUUCAUUCACAUAAACAUGGGAAAAUUUACCUAUCCGAAUGCGAGACGCGACGAACUUGUUGAAGAUUAUCACGGCACCAAGGUGUCUGAAUACUAUCGGUGGCUGGAGGAUCCAGACAGUGAGGAGAGCAAGGCAUUUGUUGAAGCUCAGAAUGAACUGUCCAGACCAUUCCUUGAUGCAUGUCCUAUCAGAGAGAAGCUGAAUUCAAGAAUCACUGAAGUCUGGGAUUACCCAAAGUACAGCUGUCCAGGUCGUCAUGGCGAUUACUUUUACUACUACCACAACACAGGUCUACAAAAUCAAAGUGUUCUGUAUGUGCAGAAAGGGCUUGAUGCGGAACCCUCCGUGUUUCUGGACCCCAAUUCCCUGUCUGAUGAUGGGACAGUGUCACUGCGGGGCACUGCUUUCUCUGAGAAUGACCAGUUCUUUGCCUACGGCCUCAGUAAGAGUGGAUCUGAUUGGGUCACUAUCAAGUUUAAGAAAGCACCAUCAGGUGAAGAUGUCCCAGACACAUUAGAAAGAGUCAAGUUCACAAGUAUGGCCUGGACCCAUGACCACAAAGGGCUGUUCUAUAACAGAUACCUGGAGCAACAAGGCAAGUCAGACGGGACAGAAACCACCAUGAAUGUUGAUCAGAAGCUCUUCUAUCAUAGGAUCGGAACAGACCAGUCAGAGGAUGUCCUUGUUGCCGAGUUUCCAGAACAACCUCGAUGGAUGAUUGGUGCAGAGGUCAGUGACUGUGGCCGGUACCUGGUGGUGACCAUCCAUGAGGGAUGCGACCCGGUCAACAGGCUCUACUAUGUUGACCUCAAGUCAUUGCAGAAUGAGAUUAAAGGUGUUUUGCCCUACGUCAAGAUUGUGGAUAACUUUGAUGCUGAAUAUGAGUACAUCACAAAUGAAGGCAGCAAGUUCAUCUUCAAGACCAACCUGAAUGCAUCACGAUACAAACUCAUUACCAUCGACUUGGCUGACCCUGAUGAGAGUAACUGGACAACCCUGGUCGAUGAGGAUGAGAAGUGUGUGCUUGAGUGGGCUGCCUGCGUCAACAAAGACAAGCUCAUCCUCUGCUACUUGAAAGAUGUCAAGAACGAGCUGUAUGUACAUAACUUGAGCUCAGGGUCAAGGACGUCCCAGCUGCCCCUGGAGGUCGGGUCAGUUGUGGGGUACUCAGGGAAGAAGAAGUAUGAUGAGAUUUUCUAUCAGUUCACAUCAUUUUUGACUCCUGGGAUCAUCUACAGGUGCGACAUGACGACAGACAAGUACACCCCCAAGACUUUCCGUGAAAUUAACGUAAAGGAUUUUGACACCAGCAAAUUUGAGACAGAGCAGGUUUUCUUUCCCAGUAAAGAUGGAACAAAGAUCCCUAUGUUUAUUGUUCACAGAAAGGGCUUGGUUCUUGAUGGAAGUCACCCAGUGAUGUUAUAUGGCUACGGAGGAUUCAACAUCUCCAUCAGUCCAUCUUUCUCUCCGUCCAGGCUUGUCUUCCUGCAACAUCUUGGGGGAGUCUAUGCCAUCGCUAACAUCCGUGGUGGAGGUGAAUACGGAGAGUCUUGGCACAAGGCAGGCAACUGUGCCAACAAGCAGAAUGUGUUUGACGACUUCCAGUCAGCUGCCGAAUAUCUCAUAUCGAAUAAGUGGUCAUCAGCUAAAAGGAUCACAAUCAAUGGAGGAUCUAAUGGCGGACUGCUGGUAGGGGCGUGCAUCAACCAGAGACCAGACCUCUUCGGCUGUGCAAUAGCACAAGUGGGAGUGCUAGACAUGCUGCGAUUCCACAAGUUCACUAUCGGCCAUGCGUGGACUACAGACUAUGGAUCGUCAGAUGAUGCCGACGACUUCAAGGUUCUUAUCAAGUACUCCCCACUACACAACAUCAAGGAACAGAAGGACCAGUACCCAGCCCUGUUGUUACUGACUGGUGACCAUGAUGACAGAGUUGUCCCCCUUCACUCGCUCAAAUUCCUGGCACAGCUCCAAUACACAUUCAAGGACAGUGAUGCACAGGUCAACCCACUGAUGGGAAGGAUUGACACCAAGUCAGGACAUGGUUUCGGCAAACCAACAGCUAAAGUUAUUGAGGAACUUACAGAUAUCUACAGCUUCAUGUACCAGACAGUUGGUCUCAAGUGGUCAGACUGACUACGGUCCAGACUCUGACCAGCCCGGUUGUCAAGGAAGACAUGAUACAAAUCAGUGGCCAGUUUGAUAAGAGAAUGAUUGUCUAAAGCAAAUGCUCUAAUAAAGAUGAACUUGUUCUAAAGUCAAAAUGACCCCUUCUAAGUCAGAUUUAUGAUUUUGAAGCUUGUAUGUAUUGGAUGAUAUAAUUUUGGUGGGUGAAAUGAGAAAUGAAAAGUAAUGGAUAUUUGGGAUUUGGCUAAAUGGCUAUAACUCAUGACCUACAGUAGCAACACAAUUACUUUAACAUAAGGUCAAUGUUUUCAUGAUAAUGUUGUCCAAAAGGAAUUAUACAAAUGUUUCUAAUAAUGUGGUUUUACGCAUCGUGAUAUGGUAUUAAAUGGGCAUUUUGACAUUUCCUGAAGUUGAAUUGUAAAAUAAUGAGGUAUUUGAUGAGGUAAAUUUUGUCUUAAUCAGUAUACAGUUCUUGGAAGCUGAAAGGUGAGAAAAUGGGGGAUUUAUGAUAGAUUUGUGCUGAAAUUCAAAGUAGCAUUUUUUAAUAUCUUAUGGGGAAGCACAUGUGCUCUUUAGUGAGUGAGUUUAAAUGGUAUCGAUCAUGUUUAGCAAUAUCCGAGCAGUAUCACAGCAGUUAUAACCAGAAAUGGGUUUCACACAUAAUACUAAUAUUUUGACUUGAAACUUGGUCUUUGGCUCAACAAGCAAGUACUUAACCACCAGGCUACCCCAGAGAGGGUUGAAUUCCUUAAGAUGAUCUGUUGGUGUGGUCCAAAGCCAGACUUCACCCAUUUCCCAAAUUAUGAUGACGCAGCAUGAUGUAACUGGAAUGAUGUAAAUACAGCUUCAAACCCAUCUCACUCACUCACAUUUUUUUUCUCCCAAAUGAUGCUUAUAUAAUUGGGUUUUUGCUUACUUUCAGUAUUGAAAGAUUCAUUUUUUUUAUGCUUUUGAUGUUAUGCAGAACUCAUUUGUUAUUGAAUACGGAAAAUUAGUUUGGACAUACGUGCUGUGUAGAAAUAUGGUGUAACUUGAGUAAUAGUUUUCUUCUGUUAUCUUGAUUAUGUAGGAUUGAAUAUGAUGAUUAUUUUAAUCUUUUAUCAUUACAUAUCUCAAAUGACAUCAAGGUUUCACUGAUUCAUCUUUGGCAGGACUCACGAGUUUAGGGAGACGUAAGCUCCUAGCUAUGUGUUGGACCAGAGACUGCAUGGUCUCUGUAUGAAGUGCUAACUGAUCUGGAACAAUGUGAGUGUAAAUGUGUUAUUCCAUUGUACAAAGCUGGUGCUCUGUAGAGAAGAAGAGACUUGUGAUGUAUGAUAUCUGUGUAAUUUGUGCUGGGUGGGUUGGCCUACCAUCAAUAAAGGCCACAAUCGUAAUACAGACUCUUUUCACAAA